UGUCCACCAUCACCCAAAGAAUUAAUCACAUUCCCGAUUCUCUCGGCUUUCUGGUCCUCAAUGAAGAUAGUGCUGUACUUAGUUAUGGCCAGUGAUUGCGACCUGUCCUUCCAAAUGUCUCACUCUGACACCAACCAGGGGUGUUUCUCUCCUAGACUCGCCCGAUUUAGGAGCCAGGAAUUGCUGUUGAUAUCGGAGGAAGAUCUCAUCGACUCGGUCUUCUACAAUUGUGACCAGUUUUCCAAGGGAACUGUUUCUGUCACAUGUCUUGUAGAAUAUCUCAGGAAGACAACAGAAGGAAAAGAUGGUGGAUUAAACUGUCUUGACGACCUUGAUGAACUCUCCACAAUCCUCGACCCAGACUCUCGAGAUGUAGAGGUCGACUUGGAGGAAUAUCGUACUGGGAUGAAUUACUGGAUCAGAACUAUUCGACAAAGAAGUCAUAGCAAUAGUAGUUGUGAUAUGGACUCGGAAGAAGAGAGCGGUAUGUCUUCAUCAACAUUUGCUUCUCAGGACUCAGGCUCAUGCCUUUCACCAGUUGAGCCAGUGAAGACCAUGCAAGACAUCCCUGGUGAUGCAGAAUCCUGGCAACAGAUAUGUCUUUGUAAAUUAUCUAAUGGGAUUAUAAAUGGUUCCGAGGCAGCUGACAUUAGUUAUGGAAGUCUUGAAGCAUCUGGAGAAGAUACCACCAAUUCCCACCAAGAUGAGAUUGAUAAUCUGGAACUCGCCAACAAACUUGCCAACCUCCAGCACCACAACAAGAAGAUCAACGAUGAUAACAUCAAGUUGCAGAUGCAGCUCGAGGUCACCGAGGAUACCAUCUAUCAAAAGGCCAUGGAGAUUGAAGAGCUGGAGAAAAAGAUAUGGAACAUGCAGGAUAGCAUUGAUAAAAGUAAGGACGUAUUCAAAGAAAAUGAGGAAUUAAAGCUGACAAUCUCACAUAUGGAGGAAACGAAUCGGACACAGCAACUCAAGUUACGGGAAGUAGAAAAAGAGAAAAGUGAACUUGAAGGUCACCUUAGUGACUCGAGGAAUAAGGAGUUCUCUGGUUAUGAUGAAUUUCUGAAAGCAUUUGAAGAGCUCCAAGAAGCCAAGGUACACCAAGAGGAACUAUUUCAGCAGUUUAAUGAACAUAAAGAGAGAUAUAACGCCAUCCAAGAAAUGAACGAUCUGCAUCAGGCUGAUGAACUCAAGAGACAAAAUGCAUUUGAAGAAGUGCAGGGUCAUGUUGAAGAUCUAACUAAAACCAAUAAGUGCUUGAAAAAAGAGAAAGAAGAGCUAGAGAAGGAAUUGAACCAAACAAGACAAGACUAUAUGGAUCGCAUGAUGAGUUCUGACCUGAUGUCCGACGAGGAAGAUGAAGGAGAGGACUUGAUGCCAGUCAAGAUCAUCCCUGGAGCAGCUAGCACACCAGUCUCAAGAGCUCUCCCUUCCAUAUUAUCCGAGCUUAAAGACUGCAUGGUAAAUGAUGACGACAGCCUUCCGAGUCCAUUCUGUGAAAAAGAUGGCGAUGCCUCGCUGUCAUUUAACUUGGAUGAUUCCUCAUUUGAUGUCGACAGGGAAGUGGCUGUGAUAAUGAGCUCUAAAAAACCUAAAAAAGGCUUACCAACGCCGUCCAAAAUAGUUAGUCAAUUCCAUCAAAAGAUGGAUACAGUAUUACAAUAUGUCCACCAGAUGAACCAACUCAACAAAGGUCUUGACUCGGAGCACAACUGGGAUGUGAUGAUAAAACGCCUGGAGAAGAACAUCCAUGCCACUUCCCGUAAAUUAGCAAAGAAAAUGAGGGAGAAAGAUGAAUCUGAUUUCCUAGUUACAAAAUUGAAGCAAGCAGUCAAGAAAUUAAAAGAAGAGAAAGAUGUGAUAACUGUGCAAUAUAACCGAGCCAUGAAGGAGAUGGAAGAUGAUGUGGUCAGUAUGGACAUGACACUUGAUGCAAGACUGGGCAUGCUCAAGGAAACAUUGCGCAAGACGCAUGCUGAGCUUCAGUCUUCACAAUUGGAAGCUGCAGUUUACAAGGAAGAGGCCAAAGAGAUGAAUCGUAACGUUGAACAACUCUUGGUCGUCCGAGAAGAAAAUGAACAAAAGCUUCAUGAAAUGCAAGAUACAAUCAAGCGCUUGAACAUCAUUCAAGAAGAAAAGGAAGAACGUAUCAAGGAACUUAGUGCUAAUCUCGAGCUCGCUGAAAAAUGUCAUCAAACAGAAUUAGAUCUGAAGGAAGAACUGAGUCGCUCCCAUGACCUUCUCCUCGAAGAAUUCAGGAAGACUUCAAAGUUAGAGGAGUCGUUGGCAGCCGCCCUCUCCAACCAUGGGGUAGACCUGAAGGAUGUCUGGAGACUCGUCCAGAAAGAUAUCGACAACGAAUGCAGUACUUCAGAAGAGAAGAGUACGCCAAAUACAGCGUCUGAAGACUCCGUCAAAGAUCAGGUAAUUAGGGAUAUUUCUGUCUUGAAGGAUCGCCUAGCCAAGCGCCAGAUUGCACUCGCCACUCUGUCCGCGAAAACUCUGUCCCUCGGUGAUGUGAUGGUCCAGUGUCGUAGUAAUCCCAACUCGCCCCUUGUUGAAGCCCUAAUCCUGGAGAAAUUUGAGGAAGCUGUCAAACGUAAAGCCAAUAAACAGAUCAGUGCGUCUAUACACAGUUUUCUGAGCACAAAAGAAACAUCGACGUCGACCGCUAGUUUGGUGUCCAGGCAACAACAUGCUCAAUCCUGUCCCCUGUUGUUGCCGGCUAACGCUACCUCCGUGACCUGUUCAACCCAGACUGAUGAAGCCACUGAUGCCAGUAACUCCAUCUCCGGCCUGAGUACAACGGAAUCUUUUACUGCUGUUACGUCAGAGAGUGUUAAUAUGCAGGUUAAUAGUAUAGGACAGAGUAAAUGCCUAAUGGCGGUGUUAUCUGGGCAGGAUACGGUGCAGAGUGUGGCACUUCAACAGGAUCUUCCUAACAAUGCGUCUCAAUCCCCUGGCUUAUCCCGUGAACGGAGCUCAAGUUUCAAGGCAGCUAUCGAAAAGAGUCAAACGACGCCAGUACAACCACAGUAUUAUCCAAUCGAGGCUGAGAUUAUAUCAAGUACAGACACCACGCCGGAUGUCGCACAUCCCACAUCCACACCCCAAGAACCUUUCAGUUUCAAGCAAACUGGACUAGUCAAUUUAGGCAAUACGGAACAUUUCUACUCCAAUUCGAAAGCCCCAGUCCUCCCUAUGUUUGACAUUAACUUCUCUUUCUCGGAGUUGGCUAAUAAUACGAGCACAGGGAUGAUAACUGACUAUUCUUCUCAACUUGACCCCUACUCGGAGGAGAUUCGAUCGUCGUUUAUGCAGCAGCAGGAUGGGGAGGAGCUGGAAACAGAGGCUGGACUCCCUGAUACUGAUGAUAAAAGGGCCUCGCCACGACACGGUCGUAAGCUGUCAACGCUCAUUGAGGAGGGCUCAGAUGCAGAAGCUGAGGAGUCGUUGACCGAAUCUGUGUCUGCCGCAGAGGGGCAGCAAACGUCUUCUCCUGCCCACCAGUCAUACUCGCCUGCAAAUUCCCGCCAGAAUUCUCUUGACGAGAUGAAGAUCCGAUACUCACCUUCUAAUUCCCGCCAGAGUUCACUUGAUGAGUUGAAAGUCCGUGGAGGGAGUCCAAGUGUUUUACCGCCUGAGUACAAGUCACCACCGGAGUAUAGGAAAACAAGCAAAGAUAGAAUGAGUGAAUUUAGACUAACCAAACAAGACCACAUCUCGCCAGGCCACACGCCAAGGAAUCUCUCACCUGUUAAUGUGCCACCAAUGACGGAAUCGGCCACCCAAAGUUCGCAAUCCUUAUCACCCAAACCACCGAAGUCAUCUGUCACAUUCAAGUUGGAUACGUUAACCGUGGACAGUCAUGGAAAACCAAAAUCCCCACCGUCACCCUUCAGACUAACAACAUCAAAGUCAACAUCGACACAACUCUCGCCUUUAUCAUUUAGCGCCCCCUUUACAGGAGUAACAGCAAUAAUCGGACCUUCGUCUCCUAAACUGGUUCCUCAUAUCACGAAAUCGAAUUCAGCGGAAGUGGUUAAGAGUUUAACGGGUGUGAAAUUCAAAUUAGAAAAGUCUCAUUCUGAUGAAGGAGUGAGGAACUUUGGCGUGCAGACGUCACCCAUUUUAUUACGUGCCCAUCUGUUUCACAGCAAUUCGGCAGAGGAAAGUGAGAUGCCGCGGCCAAGUCCCCAGUAUGCCUCUCCUCCAGAAUAUAGAAAGGAGCCCCCAUUGUUAAGUUUUAGCAUGCCUGAUGAUCCUAGCGAAGUUGAACUCUCAGAAGCUGACAAAUUGCUCAAUGCUCAGAUCUUGGAAGAGGCGAAGAAAGCUUCCAUGCGGCGACACAACAGGCGACCAAGGAGAAAUCAUAGUACCAGUGACACCAGCUCAGACAACUCCAUGUCGUUGGAAGAUAACUUCCGCUCAGAAGAUUCCCAGGACUUUUCGCACGUCUCACAGUUGAAUGGUCCAAUAGUUUCGAUAACGCCCCCGCCGAUCACCACUAAUUCAACCAAGAAAUUAAAAUCAUCCAAGGGAAUGAAGGUGGGAUUUGAUUUCUCGGAGCCUGAACCCCCUGCUGAACUCAUAAAGAGAGAAAUCUUCCAAGGUGUCAGCUCUGACCCAUCAGCUCCAGACUUGCCUUCUUCCAGAACUUUAAAGGGGGGCCAAUUGGCUAAAAUUCGAGAGGAACACUUGAAGAAACGAGGUUUGAAACAUGUCACCAUGCCAGAGCUGGCGGAGACAUCCGAGACAGAAUCUGUGAAGGGAAGCGGAGGCAGUAUGGAUUCGGAUUCAGAUCGGUCGAGCCACGGGGACAAGAUGGCAGAGAUUAACAUAACAGCAAACCCCAUCUACCCAAGUUUACCUGAUCACUACCUUGAAAAGUUAGGGGUGGACAAAAACAGUGAAGUCAGUCCUGACAAGCUAAGUGAAGAAGAACUAGAGGAGAAGUUUGCCUCACUCUCGUUAGCAUUUAAAACAGACAAGCAGACGUUGGAACAGAGGAAGCAGCUGCAGGAGCGGGCAAGAGAUAUGGCCGAACAGAACGUCGACAAGGAGUUGGAGGGAAUUAGAAAAACGAUUAAGGAUCUUGGUCAGUUUUGCGCUGAUGCCGAGUGUCGGGAGGUCGUGACGAAACUCCAGCAACACAUCGAGGUGCUAGAACAGUCAACAGCCAGAGUAUCGAGUCGGGCAGAGCUGCAUGGUGCUGUACAACAGGAGGACCGUAUGAAUCGUGCUAUUGAGAUUAUGGUCACUCAUGUGGACAGGCUGCGACUGCUUUAUGAACGAGAACAUCAGGAACUCGAGGAAACUAGGAAGUUACUUCAAGAAAAUAGAAUACUUCCACCAGGUGCCGCGGCAGAUUUCGAUUCACCACUCACGAAGAGAUCAUUAUCCAUUGCAGGUGCACAAGGAAAGAGUGGUCACCAUUCACACCUACGAAACCACACCGGAGCCCUCACCUCGUCUCGUUUGGGCCAGUCCUCUGCAUCUUCCCAGUUAGAUGAGGCGGGUAAACGUCGAGCAAGCGUCGCAGCAUUUCCACGUUUAUUUGGUAGUCUUGGUUCAUCUAGUGGAAACCUAAUGUCAAGUGCAUGGAGACGAUUUUCUCAGCAAGUUGGAAUGAACUCUGAGCCACCUUAUUCUUACAAUCAUGAUGAUGAUGAUGAUGAUGAUGAUGAUGACGAUGAUGGGAAUCCCAAACAGCGCUUCCAGAAUGUUGUAGCCAAUACCACCCUGACAAACUCGAUCACAGGAUUCUUACGCCGUUCCUCACAAGACAGGUCUAAAACUCCUCCGCCUGACUCUUCAAACAAUGACAGCACAACACCAGAACCUCUAAAGAUCCCUGCACCAGCCACUACCAAACACAUGACCCUGAGCCCUGAUGAUGCUCUCAAAAAGCCAAGUCCUAUCAAGAAACAAGAUACGAAUGCAAAUGAUAGACGAACGUCGAACUCAAAGCUAGAUGAAAAGGAAGAAGUCUUUCAGAAAGGUUUUGAACAAGGUGUGCGCACAUCAAUCUCGGCCGAACUGAACGAUCUCCGAGAGCAGCAGGCAUUAUUCUGCGAUAGUCUGGAGAACUUGAUGGAAGAUAACCAAGAAGAUGAAGAGGAUGAUGAGGAAAAUAAAGAGCAUUUCCUUGACAAAAUGUGGCAGUACGUACCAGAGUGGGACAAGUCCGGCAAGAAACUCCGCCUCAUUCUAGCCAGUAUUAUAUUUACGAUGGGACUGCUCAGUAUUAUGGUAACACUCAUGCCGGUUGCUGCUGCACCUGUACCUCGACAGUCACUACAAGAAAUGGUCUCUCCUUACGUACAGCUGAAAUACUUCGGCAAGAAACCUUUGUGAUUUAUUCUCUGACAAUGUGUUCAAGUGCAUUCUACUUACAAGUUGACGAACUUUAGUCAGUGAAAUGGACGCGUCUAUUUGACAAUCUGUCAUCCUUACAGAGCAUAUCGUUGAAAUGGGUCAAAAAAAUAUCCUUGUACAUGGAGACUAUAGGCAGGAGCCAAGUAGAUUGAAAUUUAAAUCUGAUAAAAAUUCCAUGAAGUCACCAGUAGAGGUCUCUCCCGUCUUACGGUGUCAUAAAAUAUUCAGGCUUGUUCAGGAAUUUAUUUAUCGCAGAGUCCAACAUGACUGAGUCUCCCUCCUGUGCAUAUUAGUCACUUUGACCACCAAGCUCCUGCCUAUCGUUUCCUUUUAAGUAGACUCUGUAUUGUUACUUCAGACAUUUCUCACCUGUCUUUCGAUUCUAGUUCACUGAAGAAGUUUAGUAGGCCUACUAGUCAUCAGUUUGUAAUGUGUUCAUUGGGCUUAAUUCUUGGUCAAGUCAUCAUCAUGGUUCUUUGUCAUGGCAUUGUUUGUCUGGAAUCAUUGCUAUAAACCUUCACUUUAAACUUUAAAAAUGAGAUUAAAUCAAGCAAGUGGAUAUGUGUAAAAA